AUGACUCGUCAAGCAUUAACUGAUACACUUUUAAGAGAUAUUAGUGAACUUUAUGAUGGAGCUGAUGAUUAUAAUGUAAAAAUACAAGUUGGAGAAGAUUCUGAAACAGAAAUUUUUAAUGCACAUUCAGUUAUAUUACGUGCAAGGUCAACUUAUUUUCGUUCCGCAUUUUCUUCAAAUUGGGCUAAAAAGGAAGGAGAUUUUUAUAUUUUUAAAAAACCAAAUGUAUCCGCAAUUGUAUUUCAAAUUAUAUUAAGAUAUAUUUAUACUGGAACAAUUGCGUUAGACGCAAUUAAUGUUGAAAGUAAUCUUAUUGAAUUACUUAUUGCAGCAGAUGAGAUGAACCUUUAUGAACUUGUUGAUCAUCUUCAACAACAUAUUAUUCAUUUAAAUCAUGAUUGGAUGGUUCAAAAUGGGGUUAAACUUUUUAAUAUAAUUUCUCAACAUAAAGGUAUAUUUUCUAAACUUGAAGAAUAUUGUAAUAAUAUUAUGAAUCAAGAACCUGAAUUAUUGAUAGAUUCUAAUGAUUUUUGGAGAUUAGAUGAUGAAACUUUAAUUACAUUUAUACAACUUGAUAAUCUUAAAAUGGAAGAGGUUAAUAUUUGGGAAAAUUUGGUUAAAUGGGGUAUUGCAAAGAAUUCUACACUUAGUGCAGAUAUGACAACUUGGGGAUUUGAUGAAUAUGGUAUUUUAAAAAAGACCUUAACAAAAUUCAUUAAACAUAUUCGAUUUUUUCAAAUGACACCUCAAGAAUAUUAUUAUAAAGUUCGACCUUUAGGUAAAUUACUUCCUAAAGAACUUGAAGAAGAUUUACUUUCAUAUUAUAUUGUUCCAGAUUGUAAAUUAGCAACAAAAGUUCUACCACCAAGAAAAUCUCAAAAUAAUAAAAGAUCCGAAUCAUCAAUUAUUACAACCAAACAUUUUAAUCUUUUAUCAUAUUGGAUUGAUGAUGGACAAGAAACAUUACCAAAUACACUUAAAAAUGGUCAAUAUGAAUAUAAUUUACUUUUACGUGGUAGUAAAGAUGGAUUUGGAGUAGAAAUCUUUAGAACAAAAUGUAAUAAUAAAGGGGCUACAUUAGUUAUAAUUAAAUUAAAAAAUUCAAAUAAAAUUAUUGGAGGUUAUAAUCCAAUAAGAUGGAGUGGAUCAGGUAGUUAUCUUAAUUCUAAUCAAAGUUUUAUUUUUUCAUUUUAUUCAAAUGAUUUAGAUUCUUCAAAAAUUAUUUUAAGUAGAGUUAAAGAUAGUUUUUAUGCAAUUUUAGAUGAUAAUAAUAGAGGUCAAGGUUUUGGAUUUGGUGAUUUAUAUAUAUUUUUAAAAAGUUGUAAAUUAAAACAUUAUUCUACUAAAAUUCAUGAUUCUGAAACCUUUGAAAUCGAUGAUUAUGAAGUAUUUCAAGUUAUUAAAAAAUAG